AUGACACCGCUCUGGACUAUGAAGAUUUUGGUGCUGUCAAAGCGUCCGCUAGCUUACGAAAUCUUUAAAAGUGGCAAAAGAAAUGAGCAACUGUCGUCAGAUUUAGGCCUGCGGUUGGAAAUAUACCGCUGUUUACAGAUGGCUGGGAGUCCUAAUGAGUUCUUUAAAUUCAUGCUCAAUUUCGCAGUUGAAGACUUGGAAUGUUGUAGAGCUGAACGCGAUAUCGCUUGUAUACUCGAUGUGUUGUGCAUUAAUCGACAGUUUCUUGAUUCCAAAGAGCAGGAACUUGUCGCACUUGUUCGACAUAAAAUUGCUGGAGAGUGGCGAAUGCCGGAAACAAUAGCGAUGGCUUAUCGCCUUCUUGUUUUCGUCUCUACGGAAGAAGCGCCUUCAUCUGAUAUGAGAGUUUUUCUAAGAGUUAACGUAUAUAUAUACCUAACAGUCUAG